CAUCCUCCUCCCACCCCCCCCCACUCUCUCUCCCUUCCACAAGCUCUCCGCCAGUCCUACACCCAAAUUUCGUCUCUCAAUUGUGGCCACCCAAUUCCACGCCUUUGCUACCUCACCCGCCCUCUCCUCAUCUCCGUCGUCCCCGCCUCCUCACCCCUCCCUUUCCCUCAACGCUUCCACCCCUCGAAGUGUCUCCAAUCUCCUCAACGUCGCCGACCCCGCAUUCGAUGUGUCUUCGCCGUACCUGAAUCAAGCCUACAUUCACACCGGCACGACAUAGAGUCGCUUCGUUGCUCUAUCCUCUCCCCAUCGCCCUCAUCGACUCCACCCGCUGCUCCCUUUUCCCUUGCCGAUUCACCUCCGCAAAAUUCACCACAGCCAACCACCAUCGCCGCUGCCACCAUUUCUCUCCCGACAACGACGAUAACAAUGGCUGCCGAAGUCGACACUACCCAACCAUCGCAGACCUACGAUGCUGCGGACAUCAGCUCGGCCAUGAACCGGCUGAGCACAUCGGACUCGCAUCAGGAUGCUGCGCCCCAGUUCCGCACAGAAGAAGACUAUGCUGUGCAGCAGCUUACCCUGCGUGCCAUUGUGUCGUCCCGCGAGGCUGGCGUCAUCAUUGGCAAGCAGGGCAAGAACGUGGCGGAUCUGCGCGACGAGACAGGCGUGCGCGCUGGCGUCAGCAAGGUCGUGCCCGGCGUGCACGACCGUGUGCUCACCGUCACGGGCGAGCUCAGAGCCAUCACCAAGGCGUAUCGCAUUGUGGCCAAGGGUCUACUAGAAGGUGCGCCGCAGAUGGGCAUGGGCGGACUGAUCAACCCGAAUGGGACACACCCCAUCCGCCUGCUCAUCUCCCAUAACCAGAUGGGUACCAUCAUUGGUCGUCAAGGCCUUAAAAUCAAGCAGAUUCAAGAUGCUACCAACGUGCGCAUGGUCGCUCAGAAGGAAAUGUUACCUCAAUCCACUGAGCGGAUCGUCGAAGUCCAGGGCACCCCCGAAAGUGUCGAAAAAGCCGUCUGGGAAAUCGGAAAGUGCCUUAUCGACGAUGCCGAACGUGGCUACGGCACUGUGCUGUACAAUCCUGUCGUGAGGGUGCAGUCUGGCGCAGGAGCCAUCAACGGCGGAAGCUCGAGUGCCGGUUCGGCCAGCUACAGUAACGGAGGGCGCAUGUACAACCGUACCGGUCACGGCGACGACUUCCGCGACUCGGCACCCUCUUAUCCCCGCCGCAGCGGCUCCGACGCGGCGUCUCGUCCUCCGCCUCCAACACAUACCGAGGAUGGUGAAGAGAUCCAGACUCAAAAUAUUUCCAUCCCGUCGGACAUGGUCGGCUGCAUCAUUGGGCGGGGCGGCAGUAAGAUCAGUGAUAUCCGUAAGAGCUCUGGAGCGAGGAUAUCGAUUGCCAAAGCACCGCACGAUGAAAGUGGUGAGCGCAUGUUCACCAUCACAGGCACUGCAGGAGCGAACGAGAAGGCCCUCUACCUUCUCUAUGAGAAUCUGGAGGCGGAAAAGAUGAGACGUCAGAACGCGAGUCAGUCGCAGGAAUAGAGGCUGCUGGAGUGAUGUCCAGGUGCACUGAAUCUCAGCCAACUCGGAGCUUGAAGCGACGUCAUCAUGGCUAUCUUGGGCUUUGUCGUCGAGUAAGGUGUCCGGCGUUUUCCAUUUCGCCUACCACCUUUGGAGGGCGAAACCAUUCGGUUUUUUUUUCUUUCCUUUCUUUUUUUGCUUUCUCUUGAUUUCUCUUCCUAGUCCUUGGAAUUCUGCAUAAGUCGGAGUAUACUUCGUUCGGCGGGCGCGGUCAAGCUAUAUUGAUCAUGAAUUGACGACUAAUGCUUUGAUAUCCGCGAGAUCCAUUGAUCUUGCAACUCAUUGGCCACACUCAACCUCACACACAUAUACGUACUCAUGUCGAUUGCCGGUGCUGCAGUCCAGAUCCAGUUCGUGGCCAGUGGGAGAUUGGUUGCGGACAUAAUCACACCCAAACACCUCAACUCGAGAAAUCCUAGCUUAGCGCCGCCUCAGCCGUGACAAUGCACGAGUAUUACGAAAUAAUCUCAUACGCACGCAGCAACUACAAAUCAUGACGAAAAGAAAAAGACGCCUUGAGAACCGAUCACGUUCUCAAGACUUCAUAACAGCGAAUAUUAUCAUCAGCACACUUACUCGGCGGACAUCUUCCUCGGCUCAAGCUUGCAUCUCCUCUCACUCACUCCCUCUUUGGUUUUACCCUUUCUCCCUCUAUCUCGACGACAUUUUCCUACCUUACUCGCCAACAACCAGCUUCAUAAAUGCACUUGCGCCAUCUUCUCAUCCUCGUUCUUCCUCUCAAUCUCUAUUUCUCUCUUCUCUCUCCUCGUCUCUCGCACACACGCAACCAAACCUGUACGACGGCAAACCAGCAAACAUCAACAUUAUCAAAACCCCCCCUUCUUUGACGACCAGUUUCGACGGAGCAGCCGAAGCAAAAGAAGCACCCUAAUCUGUACAGUACGGAAAUUCUGGUUUGUUAAUUGGGGCCAGAAUUUUUGUGUCGCAGGGAAGGGUUAUUUUCGAGGUAGCAUUCUCUGCCUGGGUUCUCAUACUCCUUUAUUCGCUUUUAGUGGGGGUGUGUGAAUGAACACGCAGAGACAACUUCUAACGCGCGUUAGCUAGAAGGGGAUUCUAUAUUAUGAUGGUUUUUAUGUACUAGCGAACUACCUUUUAUCCCCAAUUCUUUUCAAGGGCCUCUCGUACAUUUCGUUGUUCAUAUGGGUUUGCCUUCCAACCCCCUUUGCCACUUUCAGCCUUUUUUUUUUUCAACGUGACUUGAAGUGCCUUUUUUUUAUAUAUUUUUUACGGCGCGAGAGGAGGAG